CCCGCCGCCGCGCCGAGCGGACGUACGGCGCUCCGUGACAAAACACGUACAAAGUUUAUGUAAUGUAACAAAGUGACUUGUUAUCUAGUGUUGACUUUAGUGCCAGCAUUGUCUUAUCCACAUUAAUCAACUAGCAACUUAAAACCAAAACAAUUCUAAUCAAAUUGUAAUUAAAAACAAAGUGAAGUGCAAAGAACAAAAACGCAGUGUUGCCAACCAAAAAAGUGAUGCGUCCAAACAAAUGCAAGAAAUUCAAAUUCAAAUGAUUCUUUAUUGAGAAUGGCCCUCAGGCAUGACGUCACGAACAUGGACACCUCAUUCCUCCCCGCAGAUCCUCCCCCGAUCUCCGAAAUCAUUUACGAGCCAAGGACAGACUUAGCCACGGAGUAUUUCAACACUUUCAACCAAAUAUGUGAAAAUUAUCGUAGUGAUUCGGACGUGAACCUUCGGCAAACUUCGGACAGUCUUCGUUUAUCUUCGGAGAUACUAGAUGGUGUGCGAUCUGAGUAUGUUAGUUCGGAUUUUACUGGUAAAGACUUUGAAACCAAUGCUCAGAAAGUGUUCUUGAGUGGAAAGGAUGAGCAGAUCUUUCAGUUUGGACAGCCUGACGCCUCGGCUCUGUUGAGGCAUAGGGCUCGAAGAAGAUAUAAUGAGGAGCAUGGUCUGCAGCCACCAGCGACUACUAGUCAAGAGAGUGGGUACGGCAGCGAUGAGUUCGGGCACGACUCCCCAAGCCGAUAUGCCUCCCCUAAGGGGGCCGGCGCUGGAGCCCCGUACCAGGAGUACUAUGCGGGCGGUGAAUGGAGUGCGCCGUACUACCAGCCGCCGCCGGCCUACCAGCACGACCCCUAUGCUACGUCGCCAGGUAUAGCGGGUGCUCCGGUAGGCGAGGCGGGCGGCGGCGGGGCGGAGCUCCCUCUGCCUCCAAUGUCCUCGUUCAGGGCGGCUGCGCCCCACCACUCGCCCACAGACCCCAUGCUGGUUGCCAAGCCGCCGUUACAACCUAUGUACGGUGGCGCGGGCGCUACACCAGCAGUUGGCGCAGUAGGCACAGCGGAGGCAGGCAGCCUGUCGUCGUACGGGUCGUCGCCUUCAACCCCAGUGCACUCCCCCCCUCCCCUACACGCCAGACUCUACCCCCCGCUCAAACACACCGCCCAUCAUCACCAUCAUCAUAAUGGGCAGCAAUCAAACUGGGUGUCAUCAGGGGUAUCGUCCCCUCCAUCGGCGUCGACCCCGCACGCCCUCGCCGCGCCCGUCCUACCCAACGGACAUCAUGCGCCUAUGCCUGUGUUCCAACCUACUGGAAUGGGUGCGCCGGCGGAGCAGAGACAGCUGGACGAGGCGAUGGUGUUCCUCCGCGACCACACCGACUGUGGCGCGCGCAUGGAGGAGCGACUGGACGACGCCAUCAACGUGCUGCGGAACCACGCGGAGGCGCCCGACCUCUACCCACAGGACCUGCAUCAUCAGCCGCCAGCGGCAGUGUCGCGGCUGGGCGUGGGGGGCGCGCUGCUGCAGACCGAGCCGCCCGUCAAGAUGGAGCGCCACGUCCUGCCCAACACCAAGAAACGCAAAGAGCCCCCGGACUCAGGUGUGGAAUCGAAGCCGUCAUCAUCAGGUUCAGCGGACGCGCUCGCGAACAAACCGCCCAACAGCAAACGUUCGAGGCGAUACUCGACCAACCCUGCAAUGCCCAGCUGUUCAUCGGCUGAUGAGGAUGAUAUGGACCCUGAUACGAAGGCGGCGCGCGAGAGAGAGAGGCGACAAGCUAACAAUGUUAGAGAAAGGAUAAGGAUACGAGAUAUAAACGAGGCCCUAAAGGAGCUCGGCAGGAUGUGUAUGACUCACUUGAAGAGUGACAAGCCGCAGACAAAGCUCGGUAUACUCAAUAUGGCCGUCGAAGUCAUUAUGACUCUCGAACAACAAGUCAGAGAACGCAACUUGAAUCCGAAGGCAGCGUGUUUGAAGCGACGCGAGGAAGAAAAGGCGGAAGAAGCGCCCAAAUUGCUGCCUGCACCCCUACAACACUAUCAACCCAUGCCGGGCAUGGGUCAAUUGCCAGGGCAACCCCCCACAGGUGGCCCCCCUCCGCAAUAGCGACGCGCCGCGCGCUAACUACGCACUGCGAUAGCACCGAACCCGGGACUCUGCCUGCACUAGCCCGCGGAACACGCGAAAAAACUCACGUUAAGUGAGUUAGUUUGAGUUGCGAUUGAGUAACAUGUGAGUUUUUUUGAGUAACAAAAAUAA